CUUCCAGUCCAGGGCGGACACGCCCCCCCAAUGUCCGUCCAUACCGCCGCCGCUGUGAGGGUGUGUGGGUGGGAGCAACUCACACAGCCUGCCUCUUGGUGGUGGAUCUUAGGUCAAAGACCAGCUGCAGCUCUGUGGGGGGCUCCUGCGUAAAACCCAAGGUUUCAUGUCGCUGUUGCAGCCGAGGAGCUCCGAGCGCAAAGACGCCGCAAAAAUGUCCGCAUGUGAGUUCGAGUCUCUGGAGAAAUCCCUGGAGUCCCACCUGCCAGAGGCCGAGCUGGCCGAAGUGAAACGCAUCCUGUUCGGGAAGGACACGCCGAGGCUGGAGCUUCCUGCCUGCGCCGUGGAAGCCGCAGCUGAGCGUGAAUUUGAGCUGAAGGGAUACAAGUUUGACGCUGCGCAGGAGCAGCUGCGGCCGCCCAGAAGAGUCAGAGUGGGGCUGGUUCAGCACCGCGUUGUCCUGCCUACUGAUGCCCCAAUCCUGGACCAGAUCAACGCCAUGCACAGCCGUGUGGGUGAAAUUGUCGAGGUGGCUGCCAUGUGUGGCGUUAACAUCAUUUGCUUUCAGGAGACCUGGACCAUGCCGUUUGCUUUCUGCACCCGGGAGAAAGAGCCAUGGACAGAGUUUGCAGAGUCUGCGGAGGAAGGAAACACCACACGGUUCUGCCAAGAGCUUGCCAAAAAAUACAACAUGGUAGUGGUCUCCCCAAUUCUUGAGCGAGAGGAGCUGCACAGCACCCUGUGGAACGCGGCGGUGGUGAUCUCCAACUCGGGAAAUGUGCUGGGAAAGAGCCGGAAGAACCACAUCCCCAGGGUCGGAGACUUUAACGAGUCCACGUAUUAUAUGGAGGGCGACACGGGUCACACGGUGUUCCAGACGCAGUUCGGAAAGAUCGCCGUGAACAUCUGCUACGGGCGUCACCAUCCCCUCAACUGGUUCAUGUACAACCUGAACGGAGCAGAGAUCAUCUUCAACCCCUCCGCCACGGUCGGCGCUCUCAGCGAGCCCAUGUGGCCCAUCGAGGCCAGGAACGCAGCAAUAGCCAAUCACUGUUUCACGUGUGCCAUCAACCGCGUGGGGACGGAGCGCUUCAAAAGUGAAUUCACAUCUGGGGAUGGAAAGAAAGCUCACCAUGACUUUGGCCACUUCUAUGGGUCCAGUUAUGUGGCUGCUCCUGAUGGCAGCCGCACCCCGGGCCUCUCCAGGACGCGCGAUGGACUGAUGGUGGUGGAGCUGGACCUCAACCUCAACAGACAAGUCAGCGACAAAUGGAGUUUUAAGAUGACUGGCCGGUAUGCAGAGUACGCAGAAGAACUUGGGAAGGCUGUGAAACAUGACUUCAAACCCAAAAUAAUAAAGGAGUAGAACACAUUUCCCACAACCAGCACCUUUUUACAUGUGAUUUAGUUAAGUAAAAAUCCGAAAAGAUUGGACCUCAAAUCUUAAUUUCACAAUAUAUGCAAAUAUGUUGUAUGUUUGCUGGAAGCUUAUACUGAAUUAAAGGGCCCUACAGUAAAAACAUGUCUACAUUAAAAGGAGUCAAAUUGGCUCCUAAUUUAUCAGUGAAUAUAUUUAAAGUAGGGCCAGUGAAUUUAAUAUAUAAGAGUGGAUUAAAAAAAACAAAACAAAAAACAAGGAUGCAGCAUGUGUUGAAAUGUUUUAAUUACAGCUCAUAAUAAAUGCAAUUCUAUGUUUAAAAAAUAAAAAUUGUGGUUUAAAA